AUGCAGCCAGAACUAAGCCAGCGAAUUGAGGCAUGCAUCCAACUGAACGCCACCUACCAAUCCUGCUUCCGGAAGGUGAAGGCAAAGUUAAAGGAGGAUCCCGAGCAUCCGCAAUUCGAGGUUAGUGAGAAUUACAUUUUUGGAAAAUUCGACACGUUCUGUAAUCGCCUGAAAAAAAUUGAAGACCUGGCUACUAUUGUGGAAGACUACGCGCCAUUGCUGAAGAUGAAGAUCGAGAACUUGGAGUCAGUUGUGUCCACCUACAAGGGGAUGCAGGAUAAAAUGAAGAAGCGAUCCUACGAUCCCACUGAUCAGAGCAAAAAAGAGUUCAAUGUCGAUUACGAAGAGUUUAUGAAUCAGCGCGAUGGAAUGGAAAUUCAGUUAUCCGAGUUUCUGAAUAAAUCGUUCUCUCGACCAUCCUCGGUACGUUACUACGUUGUCAUUAAAUUGGGCUACUUAAAUUAUGCCUGCAAGCAGUUGCGCCUCUUGAGCUAUUUUGACCGUUUGAAAAGCACCCGGAUUGACUUGAUGGGAAUGUACACAUUAGUCCUCAAAACUAUUUCACGUGAACUCGAGCACACUCGAAAUGUGUACGAACGACAAAAGGACGACCCCCCAAUCGAGCGAAAUUUGACGCCUGUCGCUGGAAAAAUUCACUGGGCGCGCCAUCUGCUUCAACGUGUCCAGGAGCCCAUAGAAGAGCUUAAUAAACGAUGCCCAGCAAUUUUACGU